AUGGUGAUGAUGGCUUCACCCAAUUUAGCCUCCAAAUGCUCGACAGCAAUGGCGAAGCCUUCCCUCCCUAUGAAGCUGUUCCUCUGGGUGUUUAUUGUGGUUAAUCUACCUACAAGCUCCUUCCAGACUGAUGACGAUGAUGAGGUGUCUAACAAGACGUGGGUGCUGACUCCCAAAGUGUACGAGAGUGACGUCACACACAUCCUAAAUAGCCUACUAGAUGGAUAUGACAACAAACUCAGACCUGACAUUGGAGUCAAACCGACAGUGAUCCACACAGACAUGUUUGUCAACAGCAUCGGCCCAGUAAAUGCCAUCAAUAUGGAAUACACCAUCGACAUCUUUUUUGCCCAGACCUGGUAUGACAGAAGAUUAAAAUUCAACAGCACGAUGAAGGUUCUGCGUCUCAACAGCAACAUGGUCGGGAAGAUCUGGAUCCCGGACACUUUUUUCCGCAACUCGAAGAAGGCCGACGCUCACUGGAUCACCACACCCAAUCGCAUGCUUCGAAUCUGGAAUGAUGGUCGAAUACUCUACACCCUCAGGUUGACCAUCGAUGCCGAGUGCCAGCUUAAACUGAACAACUUCCCAAUGGAUGAGCACUCGUGUCCCCUGGAGUUUUCAAGCUAUGGCUACCCCAGGGAGGAGAUUGUGUACAAGUGGAAAAGGAGCUCAGUGGAGGUCGGGGACAUUCGCUCCUGGAGGCUCUACCAGUUCUCCUUUGUCGGCCUGAGGAACACCUCUGAGAUUGUCAGGACUGUCUCAGGAGACUACGUUGUGCUGACCGUCUUCUUUGACCUGAGCAGGAGAAUGGGCUACUUCACCAUCCAGACCUACAUCCCCUGCACCCUGAUUGUUGUCCUCUCCUGGGUGUCAUUCUGGAUCAACAAGGAUGCAGUACCUGCCAGGACAUCAUUAGGCAUCACCACUGUGCUGACCAUGACCACGCUGAGUACUAUUGCCAGGAAAUCCCUUCCAAAAGUUUCCUAUGUGACCGCCAUGGACCUGUUUGUGUCUGUCUGCUUCAUCUUCGUCUUUGCCGCACUUAUAGAGUACGGCACGCUGCACUACUUUGUCAGCAACAGGAAGCCGAGUGCCAAAAAGGACAAGAAGAAGAAAAACCCGCUCCUCCGGCUCUUUUCCUCAAAGCAGACACCCACGGUAGACAUCCGUCCACGCUCUGCCACAGCCAUUCAAAUGAACAACGCCACACACAUGCAGGAGCGAGACGAGGAGUACGGCUACGAGUGUCUGGACGGGAAGGACUGCACCAGCUUCUUCUGCUGUUUCGAAGACUGCCGCUCCGGAGCCUGGCGGCACGGCAGGUUGCACAUCCGCAUUGCCAAGAUAGACUCAUACGCACGCAUCUUCUUCCCCACUGCAUUUGGUCUUUUCAACCUGGUCUACUGGGUCUCCUAUCUCUAUCUCUAGGCCCUGGUGUGUAUCCAGCCUUAUCAUACAGUUCAUUACAUUCUACAUUAUGCUCUGCGCCAGCAAGGAACAUUUUUGAAGGAGAGGGACCCACUGAAACAUCCAGUGAUUUGAUUUAAAGCAUUUCCUUUAAUUCUCGGAUUUUAAUCUCUUUAACAUUUUAGUUAUUUUAUCUGAUAACUCUGAUAACAGACAUAACAGACAUUGCAAAUGUUGUAGCAUUACAUUUUACUGGCAUGAAGAGGUUUGUAAAUGUGUUGUGAAAACAUUGAUUGUGUGAGCAAUUAAGUUUUGUUUUGUUUUUGUUUUCAUUCUUUUAUUUUGGACUUUUCAAAAUGGAAUUUCUCGUUAAUUUCUUCAAAAUGGGAUUUUUACAAACUGAUUUAUUUCCAAACACGCAUUCCUUCCACAGUAAACAAUCCAAAUAAACAGGAAGUUAGAUCACACCCAACAGAGAAAUCUAAAUGACAUUAUCUAUGUCUAUGUCUAUCAUUUAUUUUCACUUUUUUUUCACUUAACAUACUAAAACACAGAAUCUGAAGCACUUUAAUAGAGCUAUGUUAGACAGUGACAUUGAAAUUCAUUUUGAUGACGCUAAUUUAUUUUUAAUUUAUCUAGCUAACAUGUUAGCACAAUUAAGAGUUGCAUUUUUCAUGUGUGGUCAGAGAGCUGUUUGACGCUGUUUAUGGACACUGCUCAACUGUACAGACACUGUAUAUAUUUUACUAUUACAUAGUGGUUUACAUUUAUUGCAUGCGCCUUUCAGGCCAAAAAAAAAAAUCAACAUGUUUUAUGGUCUUCUAUUGUUGGCUAUGGAAACUAAAAAACAAGCACUGUUGAUUAUCAUUCAGGAUUUAAUUCUACUUUUUUCUAGGAAAAUUGGAAAAUGAAGCGAUAAAAAUGUGCCCAGUUUUUGCUUUUCAGUUGAGGAAUCAUCUUUGCGUACAGGUGGGAGGAUCAGCCCUUGAAUUUCAGGCUAGACGACUGGUUUAAUCAUUUUCCUCGCAGCCAUUAGCUUACAGUAUAUAGACAACACUGACCUCUGACCCUCUCCUCCAUUUGCUGUUAAAAAUGUGCAUUUACGUAAUGACACGCUGCUGUUGUAAGCUUUUGUGCAAGAGAAACUGUACGACAACAAGUUAGGAUUUCUCAUAAAAACAUAUCACUUUUGCCCCUUUACAUUAGCAGAGUGAUAACUGCAGCUGCGUAACCACAGGUUGAGAUUUCUGCCUUCAAAUAGAGGAAUUCAAACUAAUCUACCCUUUAAUGUAAAUGUCAGGACAGACAGCUGUAGGGUCCUUUGAAAUCCCAACAGAACAAGGGUCAUUUUAUGUGUCAUUCUUCUAAGAUGAGAAACAAACAAACAAAAAAACAACAAAAAAAAAUAACUGAUAUGAUAAUAUUGAUAAUAAAUAAACCCUAGAGCUUCAUUCGAGUAAAGAAAAGGCAUCUGAUUGUGUUGAGAACAGAUGAAUAAGCCUUAUUAUCAAGCAUCUCACUUCCUGUCUCUUUGAAAAGAAACACAUUGAGAAUGUAAAUCACUGUAUCACAUAGUGAGGAAAUUGAUUCUCUGGUUGGGCCGAAGUUCAUUAUUAUUUUUUCUUUUUGUAUUUGUUUUCCUUUUUUCCCUUAAAAAUUUCUUUCGAAUGCCGCGACGUGGCGUGACGGGGAGCGGACAACACAGCAAAAAGCAUCUGAAUUGUAAAUGUUGUGUAUGAUAAGAUAUAACGCACACGAAUUACAACCCCUUACAGGUCACUUUUGAUAGACACCAGUAUGCAACAGACGGAGACAGUGCUCAUAAAGUAUGAUUUGUAAACUCACGAGGAAUGGGUGUAAAUCACAUUGUUAAUGUACAUAAAAUAUAGAGAGAAGAAAACACUUGUCAGGCCCUUGGGAUUUUGUAAAAGGGAAUAUAUUUUGUAAUUUCAGCAUUGUUACAGUAUAUCACCAUACAGUAUAUUAGACUUAUUGUAUUAUGCUGGACUGAUCAUGUAGAAUACUCGGGGGUAAUGGGGUAUUUAUUUAUUUAUUUAUUCAUCGAUGGUAUUUAUUUAUUUAUUCUGUUGAAAGAAACUGUACUUUAUGUUCAUAUAGCCCCUGAAAAGAAUACACAGAUUACUGUCAAUUAUAUCAAAGAUACAUUUUUGUUCGAUGUGUCAAUGGAGCUUGAGCUUAUUUAUCUUGUGUUUUCUAUGUUGUGAUCAAUGUACACUACUCUCACUAAGGCCUGUCAAACUGUUAUAUCUGUUGAAUUAGUGAGUUGCAACAUUACCUGUUGUGCAGCUUCUGAGUAGUAGAUUUAAAUAUUUUCAGGGGGGAAAAAAAAACACAAAAAAACAGUUCCCAAACCACCAAAAGAACAACAUUUGCUUGUCUAAGUGAGUAUUAAUUACUUCCACUUUUUCCACCACCACAUGGGUUGUCAUCGGUCUUAAUAUUUGCCAUCAUGAAUAAAGCAUCAGUGAUGAUACGAACAUAUGCAUUUAGCAGAUUAUCUCAUAUUUCCUGGAGUUCUUUCCCUUUUGUAUUUAAUGGUGGUCCUGUUGUGUUCCAAAGCUGCCACUUAGUAGUCCAAACCUGUCUUCAGUGUACACAUACUCUAUCUCUCACAUCUUUAGGGCUGUUACGUGUGUCAAUAGCAGUGUAGGACCGGCCGUCAUCAGUGUUCAGUAGUUUAAAGAAGUGUGACGGAGUGAUUACAUCUUAUAAAGUGCCAAACUGACACAUGCAAUAGAGAAUAUCAAAUUAUAAUAUCAUUUGUGAAUCCAAGAAAAGACAUAUGCUAAGAAUUAGUGUUUACUUCAAGGAAAUGCUAAGCAGCGAAUGUUUGCCACUGCCAUGUUCCUUCAGACAUGGAUUUGCCGGCGCUCUGGACAUUUCUUUUAUUUUUUUUAUUGUUUUUUUCUUCUUUUGGUAUGGUACAGAACCAAAAGCAUGAGGACAGUUGUUCAAAUGUAGACCAGACUGAUAAAAAUGUGUUAUUAUAUCAAGGUGAACUGGAGGACUUUCUGAAUCAAACUCUUUCUGACUUUCUUUACAAACCCAUCAUACAGAUAACAGAGCAUGUCUUGUGUUUAAACAGUGAUGCAGAAAACAAACAUACUUUCUAGAAUUUGAAUUUUUUUUCCAUGAUGGUCGAAGCUUGUUUAUUAUUUGUUUAUUAUAUUUAUAUUUUUUGUGCACUCUACUGUAAAUGCAGGGGUAUAUAAAAGUGUAUGGAAGGUACCGGAGUGUGUUUAUAUUCAGUAGUGUGCAUGCUGAAUAUGUUUUCAGUCAAACAGGGAUGUUUUGGAGGAACUGGGACUAAUUCAAGCAUCGUUUCAUCUGGUCCUUUGCCUGCAUCGACAUGGACUUUUAUUACACUGUACCUAUUUUUGACAAAGUGAUUUGAUUUAUUUUGGGACCCACAAAUGAGACAUAUAUGUGAACAGCACAUGUAGAUAUUUUCUAUUGUUAUGUAUUUUGUCAAAAUGCAGAAAACAAAAUAAUACGCACUGGAAUUACCGAGCUCAGUAAAAGGUAUCCGAGAACAAAAUAAAUUUCAUAUGAUUCUCAUACAUACAGUAUGUUAGUUGUUUGCCAUCUAUGUAUAUUUGAGUAUUAUAUAAAAGGGGCACUGAUCAAUUCUGUUAGGGUCUGCAUAAUAUACUAUACAUGUACUAGAAAAAAUCCUUUUCAUAAGGGAAUUGCACAUAGCUGUGGAAUUUUACAAUAAAA